AUGGCCGACGAACUGGCGGUUAUCUGCUCCAACCUACACCUAGAGGAUGGCAAAGAGGAUGUGGUGGACCUAGGGGCGGUAGUCUCAACGGAACAUGAUGAAAGGGUUUCUCUCAUGCUUGUUGGGAAACUUGUGGCUGAUAGGGGGUUUAAUGUGGAGGCUUUCAAACGGACCAUGACCCAGGCAUGGUCGUUGGUGGGAAAGGUGAUUAUUCGUGGACUAGGAUCAAACCGGUUUGUGUUUCAGUUCUUCCAUUGGCGGGAUAAAGAAAAGGUGCUAGCAGGGAGACCGUGGUGCUUCGAACAAAACCUCCUCCUCCUAAGCGAAAUAACGGGUAAAGAGCAACCGGAUGAGGUGGUGUUAACCCACUCCCCGUUCUGGAUACACUUUGAAAAUUUACCCUUUAACUGUCGGUCGGAUGCACAUGUAAAAGCGUUGGCGGCUAAUAUGGGGGAGAUAAUCGAGAUCGAGGAAGAUGUUUUGGGGAUUGAGAAGGAUAGGAGGGUGCGUGUAUUGCUUGAUGUAAGGAAACCGUUGCGACGCGUCCAGAGCAUUAUGAACAGGGAAGGGGUGCCAAUGAAGGUUAAGAUUAAAUAUGAACGCCUACCCUUUUUCUGUUUUAUGUGUGGGGUGAUGGGUCAUGGGGAGAGAGAUUGUUCUACUGUCUCUGAAGAGCAACAAAAGAAGGGACCAAGAUGGGGGGUGGAGUUGAAGGCAUCACCACGGAAAGGGCAUAUGAACAAUAAGGAGGAAACAAAGGAGCUAUAUGCAGCAAGGAAGACCCUUUUUGUUACCAAGAGGGCAAUGGAGAAUGCCCCCAAUACGGGGGAACAUGCCAAGGCUGUAGAGAAAGGUGGAGAAAGCUCAAAAAGCGGGUCUGUGACAAAAGUGGAUGUUCAGGAGGUAACGGGGGGCAAAGAGAAGGAGUCAAAUCCUAAGGUGGAUGAAAGGGGGAUGACUGAUGGUCGUGAGCAACCAAAUACUGUAUCCCAAGAAAGGGGAAAGGUGCCGAACACUAUUACACUACAUGAGGGCGCCCCGACGAACCUGCCUUUUGUGUUCUCUAGCGGUUCAUCUUCCACAUCCAGAACCAAGCUACGGAAAGUGAAGCUAACAAAGGAGGUAGGUAAAAGAAGAAUGGCGGAGAGUAGUGGAGCAGUUAGUAUAGACGUGGGGGAGAAAAGGAAAAUAGAAGGGGGUGGAGUUGAUGUAGAGAUGGAGGAGUGUGAGGAGGGGAACAUGAGAGUAAAGGUUUGUGUGUCUGAAGUAGGAGGUCAUGUCGAUGUCCAAGUAGCGGAGGUUGGGUUUGGCUAA